CGCGCGCAGACGAACAGUAGAUGUUCGCGCGUCGUCAGGAGGGCACAUCCGUUAGCAGACGCUAGCGCCGCGACUGUGAAUUGUGGAUAAACAUUGCGAGUGCAUAAUCAUAAUAUUAAGAUAAGCCUCUGGAGUUAACGGAGCCCGGAGGUUAAAAAAGGAUAUUUGCACUCAAUGAUAGAGUAAUCAACAAACAUAUAAGUCAACAUGAGAUCUUCGGCUGGAUUACAGUUGCUGGCUUGCCUGAUGGUGUACGCACCAUGCGCACACGCAAUCAUGGUCAAGUACGGCACGAGUGGAGGUCCCAUAGUGCCGCCGACACCGGAGCCCGUGCUGCCCCCGCAGCAGCCUUAUCGGGUCCCCGCGCCGGUAUGGGAGGAACGAUCUAAUGACUCACCCGACCCUAAUGCUCAAUGGAGACCGCAGUUCUUCAUACCACAGCCGAGAUACACAAAUAUAGUGUUCAACCCUCAACUACCCGCGCCUAUACCUCUGAACAAUGCUCAAAGAUUCGCUAACUCGUACCUACCAACACAAUCGCCAGCACCUCAACCGGUGCAAGUUCAACCAGUACGCAACUACUUCACCCCAUCUCAAGUUCUUAGUUCUCAGAGUUUGCCUGGUUUCGGGUUAAGAUACUUCGUGCCUGUUUACGCGAAAGAUGCACAAGAGAAUAAUAAAAUUAAAGAGGAUGCUCAGUACAAUCACGUAGCCAGUAAUAACGUUAAUGAUGAAAAUACAGAUGGUCCUAGCGAUCUACAGUGGAAAUAUGAGAAGGAUGCAGCCAAACGGGUUGCUAGGACUACACAAGAACAGUCGGGUGUACCAGUACAUUCGUGGUCCAUCUAUGUACCUCGACAUCAUUACCAAUAGUUAUCUACAGAUGUAUUUUAGACUGGUAGCGAUUUAUUAUACUUAAAAGUGAGCCUGUCAAUAACUUCGUAGAGCACCUUGAUAUAUGAAAAUUACAACUUAUUUAUGAAAACGUAAAAUCUUAACCUUUCCUAAUAAAUUAUUAUUUUAUUAAUAUAUAUUAAUAAAUGGCUGAUAAUUAAUCUUGGGGCUGCCUAAGGGAUUCAAACCUACGUAUUUGUGAUUUAAAUUCAUCAGACAGUCAAAACCUUUAUCUUUAAACACUUUUUUCAUAACACUUUAGUCCUCUGGAAUGACAACGUAUGAAGAGUAUCGUGGGUGAUAUACAGUAUACUCUGUUAUAUACAGUAUGCACUGUUCAUGUCUAUAGAUGAUGGAUUACCACUUUUUCAUCAAGUGGACUGUCAGCUUUACCAUUCUGUAUUACACAGUAUAUAUAUGUAUAUUUACUUCGAAUAUUUUUAGUAGAUUACAAAAUCAUUUACUACAUAUUUUAGGUUUUCAUAAAUAAGUUUUCAAAGUAGACUCCCAGAUGUUUUUAGGAAUAAUAAAACGCAUACCAUUCAAUUAACAUCACAUACAUUAUGUAUACAUAAAAUACAAAACUUAUAAGAUAAUUAUAAUUGUGAUGUCAUUAGGUAGUAGCGUAGAAUAAGUUAAAAGUGCCACAUGAUAAAUAUGUUAUAAAUUUAAAUAUAUAUUUUCGACUACACAAAACUUAGGCCCAAAAUUAACAGACUGAAAAUUUAUUAAACGUAUUCAUUGUACUGUUGCAUUAAAAUGAAAUAAAAUGACACGAUAUCCAUAUUUUCGAAUACGACACUUUAUAUAUAAUUAAAUUAAGAACAUUUAGUUCCUUUCGAAUUCUAAAUAUUUAUAAAAUUGAUAUUAUCACACUUUGUGAUUAGAAAAUAUACUUGUUAUGUCAUGAUACGGAUCUAAAGACAUGGCGUCCCUAAUAUCAUAUUAUAUAAGUCUAUUGUUCGGUUAUUUUGAGUUAUUCUGUAUAUUUUUCUGUCAUUAGUCAAGCAAUCGUUUCGUCUAGCAAAAUGUAUAGAGAGAGUCAUUAUGUUAAUAGCUUUUUGAACGGUUAUAAAAUAACGAAUUGUGUCUUCUCAUUGUUCAAAUACUGUAACUGAAUUUUCCUGUUUUUGUUCAUUUUCUCUAAGUAGAUAUCUGAAGUUAUAGAAGUUUUUUGAAACAGGAGGAAAUAGGAGGUUUAUAAAAUAUUAUGAGCGAAAAAAAAUUAUAGGAAAGAGAUCUCGUUCAUUAUAUGCAAUAUUAACAAUUUAUAUACUUGAUAAGUAAUUAGUAAAUUUAUAUACAUACAUGAUUAAACUGAUAUGUAGCGUAAUUUACUUGAAUUACUUUUUCUUCUUCAACUAGGUUUUGCUAUAAAUAUCUCUAGGUGAUCCUAGUUGUUUGGUAUUAAUGUUGAUUGAUAUAAUUACAGUAUUAAGUAUUGUUAGGUAGUAUUUUUUUUUAAUUAUGAAUUACGAUUGAUAACAAACACAAAGUGAAAAAUGAUUGCUUGACAUUAAUAUUAUUACAGUACUCUGUAUAAAUAUUAUCAUAAUAUGAACGUUUAUAUUGUUUUAUAUAUUGUUCUCUACAAAUUUGGUAGUCGUACAACGUUGUUUAUAUAUUAGUUUAAUGCUUGUAAAUAUGUAAAAUAAAUAAAAUUUAUAAUUAA